GCUCACACCAGGCUGCCCACUCUCUGCCAUCAGUAUCUACGAAGAGGACUUAUAGGAAGCUCUUGGCUGCAUUAGUUCUGUUAUUUACAUUCCUCUGGGGUUUGCAGUGGCGGCACGAGGCUUCAGAACGUCAGUCCUUAGGUGUAGAGACAUGGUUGAGCAGCGUGAACUGUGAAGCAAGACCAAGGCAGUGACGACUAUAGCAAGAAGCUGGCUGGUGAGAAUCAGUUAGAGAAAAAAACUCACUCUAGUGACGGAUUUACCUCCAAUGAGUGACUCGAGUGACCAUCUGAGUCCUGUGAACGACUAAUUUUAAGUGGGAAACUGACUGUAAGUGUAAAUUAAAAGCCAGAAGACCAUCUACAGGGCCACUACAAGGGGUGCCUCCUCACGCUCUCACCUGCAGGACCACAACCACCAUGGCCAACUUUAUUUCCGGGAUGCUCCUCCUGACGGUGAUAGUGGCGGCACGAGGCUUCAGAACGUCAGUCCUUAGGUGUAGAGACAUGGUUGAGCAGCGUGAACUGUGAAGCAAGACCAAGGCAGUGACGACUAUAGCAAGAAGCUGGCUGGUGAGAAUCAGUUAGAGAAAAAAACUCACUCUAGUGACGGAUUUACCUCCAAUGAGUGACUCGAGUGACCAUCUGAGUCCUGUGAACGACUAAGUUUAAGUGGGAAACUGACUGUAAGUGUAAAUUACAAAGCCAGAAGACCAUCUACAGGGCCACUACAAGGGGUGCCUCCUCACGCUCUCACCUGCAGGACCACAACCACCAUGGCCAACUUUAUUUCCGGGAUGCUCCUCCUGACGGUGAUAGGCGUAUCGGCUGGCAUGGAAAUCGGCCCUGUCCGCCUGGCCCACAAUAAGCGCUACAUCUCCUACCUUUUGGGCCCAUCACCUGAGAACAGCCUCCUGGAGUGUCCCUACUUGCUCGAUGAGGAUAAGAACGAGGAGCUCAGGAAGAUCACCUGGAAUCUGUGGAAAGGGGAGAAGAAAGUUGGCGCCUACGAGUGGUUUCCAGAAGAAGAUGGAAUAGCCACAGGACUGCUGGAGGGCGUGGUGAACAUGGCCCGAGAUGAUGGAGGGUUGGAACUGACCAAGCUGAGGUAUGACUUAGGCGGAUACUACUCUUGCUCCGGCACACUGACGAAUGGUGAGGUGUAUGAGGCGGAGAGCUGGGAAGUCUUAGUGAUCGACAUAACCUCGGCAUUAACCGUCAGCGACCAUAGGGCCGACAUUAAGAAGUGUGAGUUUGUGACGUCUGUCGAUAUCUACGCUGUGUUUCCUGAGCCUACAGUUCACAGCGGUAUGUACGCCAGCAGCCUGGGCGGUUUCUACGACGAGGUCACCGCCCUACAGUGGCACAAGGUCAAGAACGAGAACGGUAGUGUCAGCAACUCCUAUCAUAACGUAGCUUUUAAGAUUAACGAAGAUACGCCUGAUGAUGCUUCACACCUCGUCUCUAUCGGUGUUACCAAGUCGGAUGGGAAUUACAUCGCAUUAACCAGCAUUAAAAGCUUUGACAGCGUCUGGCAGCAGCAAGGGUGCCCAGCGAUCUUCCACAAGGCUUACCAAGUAGAGAGUUACAAGAACGUCCGGAAAACCUGUCGUAACGAAUAUGUCCCACAAUUUGGUGAACCCGAGGCCAUCGUGAAGUGUGACGAUGGGUACCACUCUGCCGGUCAUGUCAAGUCGCUGGUGCUAGUGUGUACGAACGAGACGGGCAAAUACACUUGGAUGACCUCAGAUGGCGACUUCCCUGACCACGACAAAUUGCGUUGUGUACUGGGUGGCGGAGGCUAUGCCAGCACAAUCACCAGCUCCCUGUUCACUGUGUUGGGGCUCCUCUUCCUACUGUGCUGCCUCAACUUGGGCUCUAAUGUCGAUGUGGCCUCUUGUUGCCCAUUCAUCUGAACAAGAGGAAGGAAUCAACCCCUGUGUGUAGUAGUCCGGAUUCCAGAUUCUUACCAAGGUUUCGGAUUUUUACUAAGAUUCCGGAUUUUUACCAAGCUCCUGGAUUUUUACAACAUGUGGUGAAUUAUCCCAUUAAUACCUUCAACUUUUUUACGGAUAUCUUGUAACAUGUUGUAAGGAUCGUGCCUUUUGUGUUUUCACUCCCAAGAUCUUUUUCAUUCUGUUCUAGGUUAUAUAUUAUACCCUUCCACUGGACGUGUCAGGGGGUCUGGUUAGAGUGCCUGUAUCUUUUGUACUUUGGAUUAAUUACAGUAACAUGAAUCAUUGAGCAAAUACUGUAUCUUUUCGGGGCAAUAAAUUCAGUUUAUAGUUUAUUAAUAUUGUAUAAACAAAAUCACUCUAUAUGCAACUAAGAGUUUAUUUCCGUUAGUAACUCACAAUAAUCUGUUUGUAUGAUUAUUCUCUCAUAAAGGAAACAAAUGAGUAUCGACCGACAGAAUCAUAUCUUGCGACACAGUUGUUUAGAGUGAGGUCGUGAACUGUUAUUUUUAUGAUAUACAAGUAUAGUAUAGUACUUUAUAUAUAAUUUCUUCUCUUAUUUCUUAAUUUCCUAAUCCUUCAAAGCCCUGCCUACUUAUUUUGUUUUUUUAGGACAGGCAUAUCGUGCAGUCUUAGCGAACUGUGAAAUAAACUAGCCUAACACAUGCAGAGUAUAAUUUUCGUUUUGAUAAUAUUUGGUGAUCCUAAGACUAAGAGCCAUAAGGUCAAGGGGUCACUUGUUUGAUGUGCAUUGUAUGAUUACUUUUGAAGUCAUAUAUGUUAAUAUUUCUCAAGCUUAUCUACUGUAAUAUUUUAUCGGUGUUUGUUUUCUCCUCCAUUUUUAUAAUAUUUAAUGGAUGAAAAUAAUAAUAAAUUAAAUUCUGUUUCUAUUCUCCAUAUUUUUAAGUUUAAGUUACGUGCAUUUUGUUAACAUAUGGUGGUGACGCAUGAAGGGCUGCAGCUGGACUAUACUGGAGUGCCUAAUCUUCAGUUGAUCCGUUUAAUGUUAUCCCAGACCUUAGCCAUGAUAAUAUAACACACGACACAAACCAUAUUAUUGGUUAGGUUAGGCUAGGUUAAGGUUAGGUUAAGGUUAUGUCAGAUAAGGUUAGGUUAAGGUUAUUAUUUGGAUAACAUCAUGAUAGGUUCAAGUUAUAUUAUGCUAACGUUAUAUACAUAAUUUAAUGUUAAAUUAAGGUUAGGUUAACAGUAUUUUCUGUUAAAGUUAUAUUAGGUUAAAUGUCAUGUUAAGGGUAUGUUAGAUUAAGGCAAUGCCAGGUAAGGUUAGGUUAAGUUUAUAGUUCGUUAAGGAUAUGGUUGGAUAAUAUUAUGUAAGGUUAACUUUGGAGGUUACCGUUACUUUAGGUUAAUCUUGCCGAGGUUGUAUUGUCAAAGUUAACAUUUCCCAAAUUGGGAUACUGGGCAGGGUGGAGGAGUUUCUUGUUUCGUAAAUAUAGAGGGACUUUUACAUAGCUUGACAUGUGUAAUGAAUUUCUGUAUCCUUAUAGUUUCAUAAUUAUAAUUCAUGAUCAAUGA